GGGAGCGGGGUGGGUAGCAACAGUUGCCCUGGUGAGGACGAAGCGCCAUAGCCACGGUAGCCCUGGCGACAAGAACCCGGCAACGAGAAUCAACAACAACAACGACUGAAUCGGCUCUAAAUUUAAAAGAAGAGCUUUUAACGCCGGGAAAUACACACGUGGAAUCACAGGGAACAGUUCGGAAAACUCCUCCAACUGCCUGCCACUUUUAUGGCAAAUGCCUGAUUUUGAGGGACUUGAUGUGGAAAGGGUGAUCACCCAGCCAGUAUAAUGGCCACCACGGGCUAUGUCGGCGAGAUCCAGCCAACAGCCCCGCCACAAGGGACCGUCGCCACACCUGGACCUCCCGAUGCCAACUCCGCCUCGGCAACCGCCCCCCAGUUCCUGGCUGAGAUUCAGACCACUGUGGUCACCCCCACCGUUGUCACCCCGACAGCCCAGAGCGCAGCCGGCGAUCAAGCCGCUUCCAGCGGGACUCCGAAGCCCAGUGGCGGCAGUCAAACCCAGGCCCCGGCUCCGACCCAGCCGGCGCAGACGCAUUACGUAACAGCGGAAAUCCAAGGCUCCCCCACGCAGUCUGGAAAUGGCCAAAGCGCUCCUCAGUACAUUGUUGUUACAGUGACAGCAGAGGGCUCCCUUCACUCGAGCGACAGCGUCUCCGACUCCGGCUCCCCUCCAGCUGCGGUGCAGACCGGAGUUCCCACGCAGGUCGUUCAGCAGGUCCAAACAGCCCAGCAGAGGUCGGUGGUCCAGGCCACCUCGCAGAUAGCCAAGACUGAGGCCGGCACACAGCUCAAUGUCGCCAGUCUGCAACCAGUGCAUAUCAGCCCUGAGGUUCAACAGCAGCUUGCGCCAGUACAGGUGCAACAUGUCUACACCAACCAGGUGCAGUAUGUGGAAGGAGGAGACGCCAACUACACCACCAGCACCAUUCGUUCCGGCACCUUCCCUUACACCGACACGGCCCUGUACGCUCCGAGCGCCGCCGGCCAGUAUUACGAAGGUCAGCCCACCCCGGGCUCUCAGGCCUCCACCCCCGGUACGCCUCUCACCGUCUCGGUGACCACCGGCACGACAGGAGCCGUGUCCAUGUUUGUGGCUCAGCCCGGCGGUGCGACAGGGGGCGGGACCGCGGUGGUAACCGCCGGCGGCGGCACCGCAAACGGGUCAGGGGACGGGACAGGCGCUAAUGGCGGCGGCGCCGCUGGAAGUUAUGUGAUCCAGGGCGGUUACAUGUUGGGCAGCAGCGGCAGCAGCGGCGGCAGCAGCAGCAGCAGCGGCGGCUCGGCCGGCAACAGUCAGAGCUACUCCCACACCGCCCGCGCCUCCCCGGCCACUGUGAGUAUAACGGAGGGCGAGGAGAGUAGCGUGCCGUCGGCAGACAAGAAGGUACAGUGGUUGCUGGACAACUACGAAACUGCCGAAGGAGUCAGUCUGCCACGCUCGACCCUCUACUGCCACUAUCUGCUGCAUUGCCAGGAGCAGAAGCUCGAGCCGGUUAACGCCGCCUCUUUCGGGAAACUCAUCCGAUCUGUUUUCAUGGGACUACGGACACGACGCCUCGGCACGCGGGGCAAUUCUAAAUACCACUACUAUGGUCUAAGAAUCAAGGCAGGCUCUUCUCUGCUCCGCCUCAUGGAAGAUCAGCAGCAUCUGGCUAUGAGGCAGCAGCCUUUCUCUCAAAAGCAGAGGUUGAAGCCUGUGCAUAAAGUGGAGGGAAUGACCAAUGGGACAGCUUCAGGAGCUGGACAGCAGCAACUUCAGCAGCAGGCUUCUGGACAGGUGGACAUCAGCACUCAGGUUCAGCAGUACCAGCAGUUCCUUGACGCAAGCAGAACACUUCCCGAGUUCCCAGAUAUCGACCUCCUGGGGAAGUCCCUGCCCGAGGGUAUUGAACUGGAUCACAUAAAGAGCUUUCAGCUGCUCUACAGAGAACACUGUGAGGCCAUACUGGACGUGAUGGUCAAUCUUCAAUUUACCCUAGUGGAGACCCUUUGGAAAAGCUUCUGGAGGUUCAGUCAGAGUCAAGCUGGAGAUGGCACACUGGCUGUUCACGAUGAAUCGGAAAAACGUCUGCCCAAGUCCUGCCUGGUGCUGCUGUGCAAGUAUGACCCGGUGCUGCGCUGGAGCCGUGACUGUGACAACAGCCUCUAUCAGGGCCUGGUGGAGAUCCUCAUCCCGGAUGUCCUCAGGCCAAUUCCCAGUGCCUUAACUCAAGCCAUCCGGAACUUUGCCAAAAGCCUGGAAAGCUGGCUGACCAACGCCAUGAUGAACAUUCCCGAGGAGAUGGUCCGCAUCAAGGUAACGUCAGCCAACGCCUUUGCCCAGACCCUGCGUCGCUACACCAGUCUGAAUCACCUGGCCCAAGCGGCUCGCGCCGUCCUCCAAAACACAGCUCAGAUCAACCAAAUGCUCUCCGACCUCAACCGUGUCGACUUUGCCAACGUUCAGGAGCAGGCUUCGUGGGUGUGCCGCUGCGAAGACCGCGUCGUGCAACGACUGGAGCAGGACUUUAAGUUGACCCUCCAGCAGCAGAAUUCCUUGGAGCAGUGGGCUGCCUGGCUGGAUGGCGUGGUUUCCCAGGUGUUAAAACCUCACCAACACAGCGCUGCCUUCCCUAAGGCGGCCAAGCUCUUCCUGCUCAAGUGGUCCUUUUACAGUUCCAUGGUGAUUCGGGACCUCACCCUGCGGAGCGCUGCCAGUUUUGGCUCCUUUCACCUGAUUCGCCUUUUGUAUGACGAGUACAUGUACUACCUGAUAGAGCAUCGAGUAGCCCAGGCUAAAGGCGAGACCCCCAUCGCCGUCAUGGGAGAGUUUGCCAGUUUAGGACGAGGUCUACACAUGCUGGAUGGCGAGAAAGAAGAAGAAGAGGACGAGGAGGAGGAAAGCGAUGAGGAAAGUCAGGAGCUGUCCUUGCCCUCAGACGCCGUGGUGUUGGGUGAGGAAUCUCUGGAGCCCCCCGCCAAGCUGGCCAGAACGGACCAGAGGGUCCUCUUCACCACAGGGCCGCCUGACAACUAAUCAGCCUCAAGGAAGAGCAAAAAGAAGACACGUGUAGAUACAGCAGCUAUUGUAAAUGUUGUGAAGAGUUUUGCUACCGUCUGUCCUGCUUACUUUGUCUCUCGCUGGUUAAUGCACGCACCCACGCACACACAUACACUUGUUUGAUGGAUUCAAUGAACACAUAAUGGAUUGGAAGAAACAAAUCCCGCGAUACAAAAAAGAUGCAGUGCGCAUUUGACCUUCGCUUGCGUCGAUUUUUACGAGGACAUUUUUCCCCAGUCACUGCAUCGACGGAACAUUGGUUGUCUCCUGUUGCUGCGGCACUUUUAGCUCCAAAUGUCACUGCUCAUGGAAGAGUCGUUCAACCCACUGUGCUGUGUGUAUCUGCAAAGGUAACUUGAGGUCAAGCAGUGUGUACAAGUGGACCUUGAGCUCUUAAUGUCUGCCAUUUCUUUCUAUUUUUAUUUUUUAUUUUUUUACAGGAAAGUCUCAUUUGUGGGGAUUAUGAGGGUGUUUCUCUUAUGUGUGCGACAGAGACAGUCCAGUGUGCUCUCAGUGUGUUUGAGUGAACAAUGAGUGUCCGAUUGUGUUUUUUGAAUCACGACACGGUUUUCACCUGCAGGCCAUUUGUUCACUUCCUGAGACAUUUGUGCCUGUCACAGCUGCUGUACAGACCAAGGCACAGCUUUGGGGGGAAGGAGUCCGGUGUUGCUGCGAAAAUCUCCAGUGUGUGUCAUAUGUUUCUUUCAAGUGCUUCAUUCCUGUUUUAUUUGAAAAGAUGACGUGCCGCUGGGAAAUGUUCUCCUCUCAUUUCACCAUGUUUUUAUUUCUGUCUGUGCCAAUGGCUUUUUGUUCCAUCCUGGUUUGAAAUGAUUUUCCUGUGCCUGAGUAAGAACAGUGACGUAUCCAUCCCGCUAUUCAUUUUCCAUUUUUGGAGUUUUAUCGUCACUAAGUGAACCUGUUGUGCAGUGUAAGGUGCUGUGAUGUCACACAUUGUAGACAACCCUCGCGUGGAUUCUUUUUUCUACAAUCUGUCUGUCGCGAGUCAUACCGGAAGACUUAUCUAAGCCCGAGCCUCUUUGCACAUAUUGUCUGACCAUACGUGGUGGAACGCAAUUCGAUGUUUUUCCAUAGUCUUUUAAACUGUGAGGUGCAGAUGUCACAUUUUGACACCCCUGCCUGCGGUUUCCGAGGGCGUUGUGACGGCCAAUCUGCUGUGUCCUCCCUCCACCGCAUUGAUGCAUUCCCGCCAAUGGUUUUGUUUUGCUUCACAAACCCAUCUGUCAGUAACGAUCGGUUCAUUAUGAUAUGCCACUGUUGGUUGGAGUCGCUCUGACUUUUUAGUCACCGCAAUGGAGGCCGACUUGUUCUGAAGGGCUGUUGGAAGCCUCAAACCAGCACGUCUAUUCUUUUUAGGGGGUCCAAAUCCAUAUGCCGGCUGAUUACGUAUCACGCCAUUCUUUGGAUGAAAAAAAGUCAUUGUUGAGUCAAAUGUGAAGUCUUUUUUAAAGUGCAUUGUUUCUUAUAAUAAUACAAAGUCAGUCAACUAAAGCUGUUCAGUCUCAGUGUUUUAUGGAUUUGGUCUACUUUAAGUAUGACUGUGCCUUUGGAGGUGGUAGAAUGCAAUUCAGAUGUUUCAUUUGAAAUAUAUUAAAGACUUUUUAAAAUUGCA